GCGGUGGGUUAAGCGCAACGCUGCGGCCCCGGCCUAGGCAGGAUCCCUAAGCACUGAAGCCGCCCUUGGACAUGCUGCCACAGUCUCACGCCAUGGACUGCCACCUCUGCACUUGUCGCGCGACCCAGCUCCGGAGUGGCCUCCUGUUCCCCCUGCUUCUGCUAAUGAUGCUGGCAGACCUGGCGCUCCCGGCCCAACGUCACCCCCCGGUGGUGCUGGUGCCUGGUGACUUGGGGAACCAGCUGGAAGCAAAGCUGGAUAAGCCGAAGGUGGUCCACUACCUUUGCUUCAAGAGGACGGACAGCUACUUCACACUGUGGCUGAACCUUGAGCUGCUUCUGCCUGUUAUCAUCGACUGCUGGAUCGACAACAUCAGGCUGAUUUACAACAGAACAUCUCGGGCCACCCAGUUUCCUGAUGGUGUGGAUGUUCGUGUCCCUGGCUUUGGGGAAACAUUUUCUGUGGAGUUCCUAGACCCCAGCAAAAGGAAUGUGGGCUCCUAUUUUUACACUAUGGUGGAGAGCCUUGUGGGCUGGGGCUACACGCGGGGCGAAGACGUCCGAGGGGCUCCCUAUGAUUGGCGCCGAGCCCCGAAUGAAAACGGGCCCUACUUCUUGGCCCUCCGAGAGAUGAUCGAGGAGAUGUACCAGAUGUAUGGGGGCCCCGUGGUGCUGGUCGCCCACAGCAUGGGCAACAUGUACACGCUCUACUUUCUGCAGCGGCAACCACAGGCCUGGAAGGACAAGUACAUCCGCGCCUUCAUCUCACUGGGUGCGCCCUGGGGGGGCGUGGCCAAGACCCUGCGUGUCCUGGCGUCAGGGGACAACAAUCGCAUCCCUGUCAUUCGAACACUGAAGAUCCGGGAACAGCAGCGAUCUGCCGUCUCUACCAGCUGGCUACUGCCAUACAACCACACGUGGUCACAUGAAAAGGUAUUUGUGCACACACCCACGACUAACUACACACUCCGGGACUAUCGCCGCUUCUUCCAGGACAUCGGCUUCGAAGAUGGUUGGCUCAUGCGGCAGGACACAGAAGGGCUGGUUGAAGCCGCCAUGCCACCUGGCGUGGAGCUGCACUGCCUCUAUGGGACUGGUGUCCCCACGCCGGACUCUUUCUACUAUGAGAACUUUCCUGACCGUGACCCAAAAAUCUGCUUUGGUGAUGGUGAUGGCACAGUGAACCUGGAGAGUGUUCUGCAGUGCCAGGCCUGGCAGAGCCGCCAGGAGCACAAAGUCUCAUUGCAGGAGUUGCCAGGAAGUGAACACAUUGAGAUGCUAGCCAAUGCCACUACCUUGGCCUAUUUGAAACGUGUGCUUCUUGAACCUUGAUUCCUGUGCCAGGCUGGCUGGAUGGCUAGACCACGGAUCUGAUCUUGUCCUCUGACUCUUCCGUGGCCUACGAGCUUGGCAAAGUUUGUGAUCAUCGUUCGAAGGCCUAACUUUUAGGCUGUAAGGCAUUUGCCCAGGGGAAUGCUAUUUCUCGUCCUUCUUACGUAGAAUAGCAGUGAAGAAGGAAGAAAUAAGUGUGAACUCAAAGGACAUUUGUUGGAAAGAAUGCUGCUACUGAUGGAUUUGUGACCUCAGACUGGCUGUGUAGGCUGGAUUGUUGGCUCCUCAUCCCGGUCCCUAACUCAGGCCAUGCAGUCCUUCUAGCUCCUGGUCUUUCCACUCUAGCCUACUCGGUCCUAACCUUCCUGUGACGGAUGUUAGUUAUUGAGCUGAAGUCCUGCCCUGGAAGGUUCCACAGUGACCCUCAGGUGACCUUCCCACACACUGGACUCAGGUAGCCUACUACGCUGGCUGUAGGUGGCUAGAGCUGCCGGCUUUCCUCUGACUUCACUGGUGGACAUCCUGAGUGUGGGGUCUCCUGGAUGCAGUCUGGCAACCUGCAGGCAGGGCAGCUGUGUGCUCCAUGAUUCCUCCAGGUCCUGGGAUAUUUACAGUCCACUCUACCUCUCACCUCUAGCAGCAUCCUAGUUCUGAACUGGGCAGCAGAGGACCCCUCAAUUCUGGGGGACAUGUCCUAGGAUUCCUGAUCUUGGUGGUGAUGCGGGUCCCAGUACUGAAGCUGGCUCUCUUGGUUCUGGGACUGUAGGUUAAGGAGAGUAGUGCCUAAUGUCGUGACCUUCUAGCAAGGUACCUGGGAAGAAAGUGAGCUCAACGGAACCACCACGGGUGCUCAGAGCUUCCCUGAGCCUGCCUUGAGAACUCCACCACCAUCUCGUACCCUGCUGUAGGGUCUUUGUACCAGCCACGUGGGCUGGCACAAGGCUUGGCACCUCUCAAGGUGGUAGAGUUCUUGCCCAACACUUGCUCCCAUCAGGCAGCUGAGUGGGUUUUGUUUUGCAGAAAGUAGUGCAGAGAUUUGAAAGGGCUUCUGAGAGAGCUAGGAGCUUACAGUUCCCAGCUAGGGUUUUCUGUUUGCCCUGGGAUGCUGCAUGGUCUCUGUGGCAGCAGGGAUGGGGAUUCUAAGGCCUGCCAUCUGGGCCUACCAUAGGGACAGUGAACCUGACUAUAAGCUUGGGUCAGCUUUUUUUAGGUUGGGGUUCCAAAACCACUUUCAGGCUGGACUGCACUGCCUUCCCACAGUGCUUCUGGCACUGGACUUUGUUAAGCACAUUCCCAUCAUCUAUCCCUCACCUGAGUGGUAGGACUCCCAUCUGGGGCCGUGAGCAAGUUGUACCUCGAUUUUGGCAAUAAAAGUAUUCCGGAUGCUGUAA